GAUGGCAGCUUCUGCGCUGCUGGAUCGUCGUAUCACGUCAAUUUUUCCUACUUCCGAGGGACUUUAGCUCGAGUUCGGAGCGUUCUGCGCCGCGGGAGGGAAUUUAGGCUGAACGCUUACCAAAUCUGCGGUAAAAUGGUCGAGGACGCGUGAGGAAGCAUGGAUUGUCACCAGAUAUUAAGCGGGGCCUGCAAUGCAGGUGAUCGCUGCUACGCUGUCGGCUCCGUGGAGGGAAUUUCGUUCACCGCAUAUGCUGCUGGUUGUAAUAUAGUGAUUCUCGCAAGUAAUUUUGAACGGGUUCAAAUAAUCCCUGGAGCUGUACACAAUUACAUACGGAUAAGUUGUUUGGACUGCAGUACGGAUACUGGAAAAAUCGCUGCUGCGUAUGAGAAUCAAGUCUGCAUAUUUGAGCCGACUCCAUUGAUUCACAGUACUUGCUCCCAUCAAUUAGAAUAUCGUUGGGUUCAAACUGGUACUUUGCAAACUGACUCAUAUAUCAGCUCGUUAUCAUGGAAUCUGGAGGGAACUCGACUGUUGACCGGUGGAGAACUGUUGCAGCUCUGGCAUCAAAAUAUUCAACCGUUUCAAGAAGAACAGACUAUGAAGGUGAAAAUACCGCAAACAGAAGAAGUCUCUGUACCAGGAGGAGAACAGAACGUAACAGCAGUCAACCCUCAAGAUCCUGGUGCGGUAAAAUUCUCUAUCGGAGGGGAAGCUGAAAGUCCAGGCCCGGCAGAGCCAACUUCAGGAAACGAACCAGGCUCCUGGAAUUGCGCGUGGAAAUGCCGAACUGCUACUCCAGUCCAUCUUAUGAGUUUUAGUCCCGAUGGAACCCUUUUCGCAACAACAGGCAUGAACGAUAGACUCGUAAAAAUUUGGUUUGAAAACAAGCACUUAUUCCCAACGAGAAGUAUAGACCACACCAACUUCAGCCAAACUGUCGGAAAUGACAGCUACAGCUUCGUUUACGUGGCCCAUCCUCGAGCUGUCACUCAUCUGUCAUGGCGAAAGACUAGCAAGUACAUGCCAAAAGGGAGUGUAUCGAACAUGCUCGUUACUUCCUGUCGAGAUAAUAUCUGUAGAGUCUGGACUGAGACGAUACCUCCAGAAAUUGAAGGUUUAGCUAAUAUGAGUCAGUUUGAGGGUUCCGAUAGACAUGGACACCAUGGGAAACAUCGUCAUCAUAGUAUGCAUAAGCAUCGGUUUAUGCAGCGCUUGAAACAUAUGAAGACGUGUUUUCACAUUCGUCGCCAUGCAAAGCAGCAACAACACCAGGCCGGCCAUACUGCGCCAACCCUUCCAACUCUGCCUUCAACAUACUCUGUUCAUGAUUUUCAUAAUAACUACCAAAGUUCAGGACAUUAUCCAGGAAUGCACUUUCACCUAGCAGCCAGUAUUAAUGCCGAAACGGAUAUCCCACUGGUACCAAGUCUAAUCACAGGAGAUCCCGACAGAGAACCAAACUUUAUCUUGCAUUGGCUUAACAACAAGGAAAUGCAUUUUACAAUGCAGGCAGAAAAUAUACUACAGGAACUUACUCGCAAAUUGGUGGAAAAAGAAGAGGGCUUGCAGCAUCCCGAAGGAGAUCAUGCCGACCACGAUUCCGAAGACGAACACACACCAAAGAAGGGAGUGCGCUACCAGUCGAAUCAAAAGCCAGGAGUCGGUGGAAGAACGACGAGUCAAGAGGAACACAGCAGCGAUGAGCACCACACCGCGCAUACGACAUCGUCUCAUCACAGUCUGCCCCACAGCGUGCACUCUCACCAAAGUCUUAGCAACACCACGUCCAUCAACUCCAUAGCGACGGACGCGACGUCUUCGAUGAACCAUGCCCCAGAUUCGCUGGACACAAAGAUAGAAACGUUACUGCGCGACUGGCACCACAAUCCGGAUCUCCUAUUCUCCAUCCACCCGAUAGACGGAAGCUUCCUGAUCUGGCACAUCGAGUGGCUGGACGAGUACCACCCUGGCUCCUUUCGACAAGCUCAAAUCUCAUUCUCCACGAGGAUCCCCAAUGCCUUUCCUCUGGGUGACGCUUCCACCAUGAGCCACAACGUGUCCAUGUACUCUCACACCACCGGUGGCCCCUUACUCAACAUCCGAGAGGUCUCGAAGUCCUCGACCAAGCCAUCCGAAGCUGCCGAAGUGACAACUCCGUUGCCGAGUCUCAUCGAGCAGGACGAAGAACAGUCCACCCUGACGUCGAGAGCGGGUCAGGAGUUGCUGAAGAGCGUUCAAACCCUAGCAGAUUCGAACCAAGCAGGCAAUACUCUUCACAAUGGAAAUGCUGCAGAGAACAACAAAACUGCCCAGGAACACGUUACCGACAUGUUGGCACAUCCUAGUCCGGUGGUAUCCAUGGUCUCGAAGCACUCCAAUGGCACCCUAAAUUUGUGGCAGUUGACUUUUGCUGAUAAAACGAAGUUCUCUCAGGUCCUCAGCAUUGGCCACGCAUGUAGAGCUUCCGGACACCGGUUUCGGGUAAAUGACAUCACUUGUCACCCGGUUCUUCCUCUUCUGGUGACCACGUCGCACCAUAACAUCCCGGACUUCCCGUCGGUGCAAAUCGAGAAUUCCGGAUCCUCUGAAAACAUGGAUAACAAGCAUGAUAGCAAUCGAAAUAAAGACGUGAUGUCGCCUACCGGAUUCUGCAGCGAACUGAUUCUCUGGCGAGUAGAUGCCGUUGGUCCGCUCUCGAAAAGCGGUGGAGUCUCCGAAUUGGCGCGGAUAAAUUCCCCAGAGAUUUCGGCGUUCAGUAACGUUGCAUGGAUACCGACUUUAUUGCCGAGCACGACUUUAGGGAACUUGUCUAAUUCACCGAGUGCAUGCUUCGUGGCGAGCGAUGGUCAGUGUCUAAGAGUCUAUCAGGCGGUCAUCGAUGCGAGGACGUUGCUGGCGGAGGUCUCUAUUAGCGAGAGAAGAAGCAGAAUGAUGGAUUCCAUGGCGAGUUUGUCGACCGACAUGUCGUCCGACGAUGGCGUGAGACAUUCAAUUCACGAUAGGAUUAAGAUAGUAUCCCAACAAUCCACCGCUAGACCUGGGUGCGUCAUUCAACUGGAAGCCAUCUCCGACGCCACACACGACUGGCAGAAUACGCAGUUUCUGCACGUUUUCCAAGAACAACUGAUCACCGGGGAGAGGAACGACGAGAGAUCACCUGGCAUCGACACCUCCGCCAACGAUCUCGGUCUCAUGGAAUCUACUUUGGACGCGAUGGUGGAUCUUCAGCAAUCCGCGAUCUUCGAGGAGCCGUUUUAUAUAGUAGUGUUGGAAAGAACUACGAAAGGCACCACGGUCCAUAUGUGGCGUCUGGUCAUCGCCUCUCAACCAGAAGCUACCGGUCUCACUGGGUCCAUGAUGUAUGUGCCCGACGCUCACCUGGUCCAGGACGAGGAAGAGGAGGGUACGCCCGGACGUUUCGGAAAUGAAGGUAGAAGGUCCAGAAGACCAAGUCAAACGGGAGGCAGAAGUCGUCGGGAAAGCCAAGCUGAAUACGAUCCGGCGUUUCUGCACAGACGCCAUCACAGUAGUCACGUUCUAAUCACUACUACCAAAGUCUGCACUCAGGAAUUGCCCUUACCCGAGGGAGUCGAGGUUGUGCACGCGGCUCCAGCAGGCGGUCACUUGAGCAGUUCAUCCAUAUAUCCAGCCUGCUUCGCUCCUUACAUCGUCGUAACAGCAUGCAGCGACAGCACUGUGCGUUUCUGGAAAUGUAUAGUUACUAAGUCAGAGUACGACGAGCAAUUGAGCUACGAAUGGCGGGAAUGGGAGAUGAUCCGAAAGGAUCAGGAGUCUACAAUUGAUAUUACGGGGCAACCACUGAACGUCAGCGCAGCGUAUAGCGGUCGCAUCGCAUGCGCUUAUAAAUAUGGAAAGUCUUUCACGAGGCCGACCAAAACUGAUCCCGACUCUCGAUACGUAAAUCUAUGUGUCGCGAUCUACGAAUGCGAAAGUACGGGUGGCAGCGAGUGGAUCUUGGAAGAUACGAUUCACCUGAAGAACAUUCACCUGCCGAGAAUUCAGGUGGACCAGCACUUGGAUUUGAGCUACUUGUACGACAGUAGAUUCCUACAGAAGAAGCAACGACUUACGCAGGUUUUGCAGACCUUGAGUCACGAGGAUGUCAGAUCACCGAGAAAUGGAGAAAACGGAGAAAGUACAAAGUCUACUGCCGGUUUGUUAGCGGUUCCAUCAUUUAGCACGCUCCAGUCCCUGCGAAAGUCUAUUAUAGAGAAUGGAAAUACGUGUCCAUUGACACAAAAGCAUUUAGUUCAGUUAGAUUGGGUAUCUAAAGAAGAUGGUUCGCACAUAUUAACCGUAGGUGUUGGGUCGAAGAUCAUGCUAUUCACGCCGGUUUGCUCGGACCUCGCUCAAGCCAACAUGAAGGCGAUGAAGGAGUCUCAAAGCACCAACAGGCCCAUCCUCAGGAAGACUUCUUCCCUGGCGCAGCCGCAAUUCGUUGACGAAAUUCGCUGGAUGAAGUUGAGAAAAAUCGAGUUGACCACCGCGGAUGGCUUACCACCUCUGCCUAUGCAGAUCUCCUGGGUCAGGGACGGUAUUCUCGUCGUCGGCAUGGACUCCGAGAUGCACGUUUAUUCUCAGUGGAAACCAAACCCACGUAACGAUUGCUUCCACUCGAAUCUUCAGCAUCAGGAGUCCGACGAGUUCCAGGCUAGCAGAAACUUGAGGGACGAAGACUUAAGGACCUUGGCUCAUGAAACAUCUCAAAGAAGGCUAGCUAACGUAUCCUCUAUGCCUCACUUAUCCAGGGUGAGCAGCAUCAACCUGACGAUGUUGGACGCCAAGAAGAAACGAGGGAUGCAGAACGACAACGUCAGCUUCGACUACAUGCCGGACUACGGAUUGUUCGAAGCCUCCCGGAUAGCUUGUCCCGUAUUACCUCAGUACCAUCCUAAGCAAUUAAUGGAACUACUAAACUCUGGGAAGAUCAGAUGGGUGAAGGCAAUCCUAGCUCACCUUGUGAGGUGCAUCGCCGGCUCCUGUUCCUUGAGAGCUGACGAUGAGAGUCUGGUGAAGCAACGAGGAGGAUGGUCCAGGUCAAGGACAAUGUCUGUCAGCUAUGUAGGUACCACUUCGCCCCUGGAACCAAGAGGAUCCACCACGCAGAUUCCUGAAGAGCUCACCCUGGAUUACGCCGAAAUAACGUCCAUCUCUCCUCUGCCUCUCUGGACUCUCCUCCUAGCGGAUAAGGAGACGAAUACGACCCAGCAAAAUGAAGACAAGCACGAUUAUAAUGAACUAUUUGAUGGGAACGUGGAUGAAGGAGAGUCCCUCGACGACAUGCUGGAUGAGGAUUACGAUUGCACGAGGCAAAAGGAUCGCAGGUCGUCCGUUCCAGAGAGGCAAGGGAUAUCUCACUUCGGUCCUCGUCAGGGUCGACUCUUAUCCAGACUUUUAACUCAUACUCAUCUUCCUGGACUGUCCAGUCUGGACCAGAUGCAUCUCCUCGCUUUGGCCGACACCGUCUCCACGUGCAAUAUCGACUUCGCCGAGCGCUUUGCAAUCGAUGCCGCGAAAAGUGCAAUAGCCAAAGAGAAUUUGACCGGGAUACCAGAGGGCGAGGGAGCCUCAACGGAUUCUCUGGACGACUGCGGCCUAAGAUUCCUCCUAGCUAUGAAGCAUUAUAACUAUUUAAUUCGUUGUCUUCCUCUGGCGCAGAGAGCACAGUUGCAGAAGCAGGGGGUCUCCACGAAUAACCUGGUCUGGGCCUUCCAUUCCGAGUCCGAGGAAGAGUUGCUCGGUCUGAUUCCAUCCUACGCGAAGGGCCAAGCGAAAUGGUCAAUCCUGAAGGAAUUAGGAGUCGGCUGGUGGAUCACGAGUAGUACAGUAUUAAAACGCUGCGUGGAGAAGAUGGCUAAAGCCGCCUUUCAGCUGAAGCAGGAUCCCCUGGAUGCCGCCAUUUAUUAUCUGGCCAUGAAGAAAAAGAACCUUGUCUGGGGUCUCUUCAGGAACAGACGGGACGAGAGGAUGACCACCUUCUUCUCGAAUAACUUUGCCGAGGACAGGUGGCGAAAGGCUGCCCUGAAGAACGCCUUCGCUUUGCUCGGGAAGCAGAGAUUCGAGCACGCUGCUGCUUUCUUCCUUCUGGCAGGGGCAUUGCGCGACGCCAUCGACGUGUGCCUGAAUAAGUUAAAUGACAUCCAAUUGGCUAUGAUAAUAGCAAGAUUGUACGAGGAGGACAUGACUUCCCCGAACCUGAAGAGAUUGCUGUACGAGGAGAUCCUAGGUUGCGACAAGGAUGGAAGCAAUCUUGAUAUGAUAAGGGCUCAUCCUGAUCCGUUUUUGAGGAGCAUGGCUUUGUGGAUCCUGAAGGAUUAUUCGGGUUCUUUGAAUACCUUACUGCUGACUAAUGUUGGUAGCAUGCAUCCGCAGUAUAACGAUGAAUCCGACAAGCCUGAGGGAGCUACGGCCAACCCCAAUGUCUUCAAUUUUUACGUGUACCUUCGCACCCAUCCGUUGCUGAUCAGACAAUACAUUGCAUCGACUGCCCAAGACAAAAAGAAGGGCCACUCAGUGGUGAUAUCAGGAUUCAGUUACGGUACGGAAACUAAGAGCCAACCUGAUAGGCAGCUCAUGCUGGAAGAUAGCAUAACACCGUUGGAAAGGCAACUAUACUUUACCACUGCACACGCUCACUUCAAAGCUGGCUGUCCUGCCCUUGCAUUAGAAGUCCUUUCGAAACUGCCGAACAAAGUCAUGGAAACGAACUGCGAAGACUCACCUAGUCUGUUAAAUAGUCCAAGUAAAACAAGAGCACUGGAUAUCCAGAUAGACACCGGUAUCAUUUCCUGGGAUGAGAGUACGAUGAAGACUGCUCCGGUUGAAGAUACUUCCACCUUGGACUGGGGUGCUCCUGCCACGGAUUGGUCGCAGCCCGUGACUCGUCAAACUGAUGACGAGCUGGAUUUGAAAUGGGACGAUGAGCACGCAGAGAACGACGACGAUGAGAGUCCUCCUAUGAGCAUGAAACUGGAUAAGAAGGAAGCCGUUAACGGCGAAAUCGUAGAGAAAGAUGACAAUACUCAAAAACCAACCGGGCAGCUGGACAUAAUGGCACAGCAGCUGAAGUUCGUAGCGUGUCUUAAGAUCUUGAUGGAGGAAUUGUCAACCUUAGCAACUGGUUUUGAAGUAGACGGGGGACAAUUGCGUUAUCAACUGUACGUCUGGCUGGAACGCGAGGUGGACGCACUUAGGCAAUUGUGCAGCUACAGUGUCAAUACAGACGGAGACAUGAAUAACGCGUCAGAAUACGAAGGUGGAAUGGUUGACGACGUACCACCCUACAGGCCAGGGGAGCAACCAACUCUGCACGAGAUCUUAGUCGCUGAGAAAUUAGACUUUGAAGCUAAAGUUCAAAGAGCAGCCAAACGGAAAAAGUGGCUGAAAGCCAAUGAAACGUUGUUGAGGACUUUACUGUCGUAUUGUUCGUUGCACGGAGCAUCAGGCGGUGGACUGGCUUCCGUGAGGAUGGAAUUGGUUUUAUUGCUGCAGGAGUUACAGCAAGAAAAGACGCAGCAACAAUUGUUGAGUCCUCUUCCCUUCCCGACGACGUUGCCUCUUUUAAGUGCCAGCGUUGCUUGCAAUAAGACCGUCGUCGGCGAUCCAGUCAGGCACCUACAAUCCCUGGCCCAUGAUAUGCUGCAAACCCUUGUGGAACUGCGCAAUCCACCUAUGCCUAAUAGAAAUUCUCAUUACCGUGAAGUAUUUAUCGUGCGAGACUUAGCUGUGGCGCUAAGUGCUUGCAUAUAUCAAUCGCUGUGCGAUUCGGAUACGUUUGUCAUGAAGCAUCACCAUCCAAUUAGCUUUCCAGCAGUCGCAGAAGUGGAAUCCUUUUCUGGAGGUCACUUGGUUGCAUCGAACAGAUAUCACCGAAGGUAUUCGGCAGAUGACAGUGUCUGCAUCACGACGUCUCCUUCGAAGUGGCCUGGUGUGACCAACUUACGUGCAUUACUGGCUCGAGAGAAAGACGAAGACACGCCGAAAUUAAAUGUUCUGCUCUGCGAAGCCUUUGUGGCUAUUUAUAUGAGUCUCUUUGUGUACGCCAUGUCCAGUUGUGAUAGCCAUAUCUUGUACAGACUCGUUGGACACAAGUUUGAUAACAAUACCUGGUCCAGUCUCUUCGGGGGUGGAGUGAAGAAAUUGCUGCGGGUUGCCAGCACCAACAACAGUCAAACCUUGCAGAGCAAAGAGAAGGUACCCAUCGAGAGGGAAGAAAGUGUUACGGCAGAGUUGCAAGCUGUCGGAGCUGGCAUGUGGAAUACUAUGACAUCGUUGACUAAGCAAAGAGUCAGAUUGAACAUGAAAUUGUUAGGACAGUUCUCCGGUCAGCAACCUAAUAUGAAGGAGGACAAGCCUACGUACCGGGAGCAAUUUGUGUCUCCCCAGAUGAGCAUGAUUUCCUAUUUUCUUAUGAAGCCUCGCAUUGAGAGUGAGUACGCCGACGAGAUAGACUACGAUUCAUCCGAUUCUGCCGUUUCGAACCUCGACUCCUCCGAGGAAGAGGAGGACGUAUUCGAUACGAACGCUAAACCAAAGAUUAAGCCAAAGGAUAACACCGAACACUCAAAUCCUAACUCGUUCAGCUGGUGUAUCAUGAGAUUAACCAUAGUUAAAAUAUUGCAACAGCAACUCCAAGACUUCUUAAACGUUGCUGGAAUAGAGAUGCAAGAAUUACCGGUGAGCAGUCCUCUGAUUCAUGGAACAUUGGGGAUCGUGGCUCAGUGGCAAGAGUCUUUACGAGAAGAACUCGAGGCUAAAUCACCGGCACCUGCAAAUUAUAUACCAGGCUGUGCUCCGGAUCCUACACCCACACCUGGGAAACCUGCGAUUCAUAAAUACCGCUCAUUGCUGGAGAAAGGCAAUACGCCUUUCAAUACUCGCAUGGCUUCGGCUGCGCCUGCCAAUCGAUUGUGGAGCUACUUGGUUCGGCAGGAAGCGGUUCAGGACGUUUUCAUUCGAGCGAUUUUCGGUAAACGCCGAUCUCUGUCCUCGAUUUUGGAAAGCAAUCAAACCAACAUCGAUGGUCUUAAUCGAGGAACGGGGACUGGGGAAGACAAGGGUAGCGACAGUGGUACCACGAGUCUUCCCGAGCCUGUCAGAAUUAUUCACAAGGAGCAAGACAGCAUUAGUGCCUUUUGCCUAAAUCAGGUCAACCCAGGACUAAUGGCGUUAGCGACGCCCCGCGAGGUACAGGAGAUGGACAUCUCGUUACUUCUCGAAUUGCCAUCUUGGCUUGAAGACGAAUGUGAAUUCGACAUCAUCAACCUGAAUAAGCAGCCCGAUCCAGAACCCGUGCAACCUACAAGUUUCCUAGUCAUACAGACUGCAGCAGAUAGGCCAUUGCUGGCUCAAGCACCGCAGCCAAACAGUCCUCAACCACAAUCGGGUAUCGGCAGUCAAAGCGGACGAGGUGCUAGUGUGAUCCUCAAACACAAGAUCGAUGGUAUACGGAGGCUGUCGUCGCAUCCACUGCUGCCGCUAUACUUAACGGGAUCGCAAGAUGGUUCUGUCUCACUGUGGGAAUGGGGCCAUCAGACCGCAGUCGCAACUCCUCGACCAUCAGGGACCUUCGCUAAAGUUACUCGUGUGAGGUUCUCCCAGCAUGGGAACAAAUUUGGCGUUGCCGACUCGGAUGGACACCUCAGCUUGUUCCAAGUGGCGUGUAGAGAGGGGACGGCAAGACCUUUCUUUAAUUACCAGUGUCAUAGCAAGGUAACGGCUGACUUUGUCUUCUUGGGAGCGUGCAGUCUCGUAGCUACGGCUGGCCAUGGCUCCGAAGGUCGAAACGUAGCUCUAUGGGAUACGUUACUUCCUCAGAACAAGUCUCUUGUUCAAGGAUUCACUUGUCACGACCAAGGAGCAAGUUCCGUGAUACUUGCGCCGCAACAUCAACUCUUGAUCAGCGGCGGCAAGAAAGGAGACAUCAAUAUCUUUGAUGUCCGACAAAGGCAACAGCGACACAGAUUCCAAGCUCACGAGUCAACAAUUAAAUGCUUAGCCCUUGAUCCCCACGAAGAGUUCUUCGUCAGCGGGGCGGGAGACGGUGAUAUCAAAGUUUGGGGCCUCACCGUCCAUUCGCUUCUUUACUCGUUUCCUGCCGAGCAUCCGAGGUCAAGUUUCUUCAAGAACAUCGGACAGGGUGUGACGCAAUUGCACGUGGACUCGGCAGGACGUCUGUUUUCCUGCGGAGCGGACGGUUCAAUGAAAGUUCGCCAACUGCCAGAACGCGACUGUGUAGUACACGCGCUGUACUAGGAUUAAACUGUUAUUAUUAAUCCUACCUAAGUAAGUAAACCAGAGCAACCAACGUAACCAAUAUAACGUGAAUGGCCUUCUACGCAUAAUGUUACAACGGAGUCAUAAAGAAAGUCAAAUUGCACAGAACCCUGCCGUCCUUACGUAGAAAACUGCUUUGUGUCGUUCUCCAAAACCGAAUGCUUUUAAUCGGCCCCAAAACGACGCGACUGUCCGGUCGGUCUUUGCACUUUGCGAUUGAAGCUUCAAGGCAAUGUCACAUUUGGGGCUUUAGUACGAUGACUAAUUCACACUGCCAUUUCAUUGGGAAAACCCAACGUAAGAGGAGAACUUGCGGCUUGGGCCUGUGUGAACCUGGAGAUCCAGUUUGAGGCACAAACAAAAUUAACAGGCUUACUAGAAAGCUUUCCGUGAUGUAGACGUUGUGUGUCACGUUGAGUUUUGAACGGGAUUUGAUGCUGAGAAAAAAAUAUAUGGCACAAACGUCUACUUCACAGAAACAUUCCAAUAAGCCUGUUAAUUUUGUUUGUGCCUCAAGCUGGAUUCCAGGUUCACACAGCCGCGGCUUGGAGGUACUGGGUCCCACUUUUCCUCGUUUCCUUCGCGCAGUAGGUUUUCUUUAUGACUGCAAUCAAAUGUCCAACGAGUCUGUGUUACUGCCCAGCACAGUUAAAUGUUGCUUGAAAGUUUACACGGUGCACUGAGGGGGUCUCUCCCUCGGGAGCUGGUGGACUUUGACGUUUGGUGGGAACGUGGCAUCGCGUAUCAGCAAUAAGUUUUAACACGUGACCUUGUUACUGCACUGGCAUCGUGCUUAGCAUAAGUGACCGAGUGACAUCUCAGCACACCCUUGAUUCCCCUGCAAUGCACACGAGUAGAAACGCAAAGUGACGGCCUAUUUGAUUUUGUAUAAUCUGCCCGACUUUAUUUUCUCCAGUCGUGAUCUUACAUAGAGAGUAACCUUCCAAUCGUGUACAUUUACAAAGGUUCAUUGUAUAAAGGUAUUAAAGCGACAUGAAAGGCGUUUUUAAACGGUCCAUUGGGCGAUUACUUCUCCUAAUUAAGUAAACCUAUUCGUCUGAAAUAUUAAUACAUAAUUGUUUGUAACGAUUGAGAGUGGUCAGGGAUCACGCUCGAUCGUUUCAAACGCGACAGUCACAGAAAAUUCCACAUUUGAACCCGGAAAAAGGGAGAACAAUGUUAAUCCAUGAAUCAGAGGUAUACGAAGCGGGUAAUCCGCUCUGUAUGUGAAUUUUAAUUAAUAAUUCACUGUAACUGCCCAAUUUUUAACGUUGAUUAAACUUAUCAACGCCUUUCCCGUCGCCUUAAUUUGGCCCUAUCGACUCGUUCACUGUGGGGCCGUGCCGUUUAAUUUAUGUAAAGAUAUGUUAAGUACACACCUAUUUUAGAGGAAUACGCUAAAGUUGAUUUCAGGUUACGGAUAUACCGCUAUAAUGAGUAUUGACCUACGACUGCUUCACGACAAGGACAGGUGCCCUGUGUGGACGCAGCUUGUUUGUGAUGUCGCCUAAUUCCUGAAGUUCCAUAUUAAUAACAAAAGUGGUCUUCGCUAAGAUUAACUAUCGAUGUAAAUCAAGCUUACUCAAAUUAGCUUUCUUACCCGACGAUGGCACCUCUCGCGAUACGCCGCAUCGGACACGUUUACGUCGAAGGCUCGGCACUGUUAUCGUCGUCUAAAAAUCACUGUUAACAAUCAUUCCUUCUGCCUAGAACGACGAUCUUAAUGUAUUAACGAAUAUAACUCGUGUCACUGUGUCGAUACUCUAGGACGUUUAAUGUAUGCUUAUCCGUUAGCAACGCGACAUUUUGGAAGAGAGACACCUCUCGGCCGUUUCAGUUACUAAUCGAUGAAUUUGUAAAUUGAUUGUAAAUCGACAGCUUCGAAUGAUGCCGAUACAGAGUUCACGAAGUAGGUCCUUCGUUUGAGUUGUAAAAUAAAGGGAUAUCACUAGGAAAGGAUUCGGAUUACUAGUCCAUUGUGAUUUGUCGUCGUAAUUUACAUUUUCGCGUCUUUUAGUUCUAAACACACGUUUUAGUGUCGCGUUAACCGUGGAGUGUGCUUAUAUUAAUAUAAAUAUAUAUUCUUGUCCCACGAUUGGCAAAAUUUCGGGACAGAGAAGCAAUGUGAUUCUCGUAUCGAAGGUGUCUCUGAGUCCUUUGCCUGGCUAAGCGCCCUAAGUUUAAAUAAAUUAGAGGUUUUUAUCAGACCUGUUUAGCAGUCAGGUUUUUGCAAUGAGUCCUUUUAUUACGUCUCGUGCAAGCCACUCGUUUAGCUGCACAAAAGUACUGAAUGAGGAAGCAACAUCCUGUGGGCAAUUAUAGAUUUUACUUUAAUCGUUUAUUUCUCCCCAGGGAGCAGAGUGGAAAAGAGAGGAAAAACUGGUUACGUAUUUAGAAAUUCCGCUGCUGGAGUAGUUUCGUUCCUGCGUUCGACAUAUUUCUUUCCCUCAGAUAGGUAUGACCCUCUGUUUGCUCUUAUCGGCUAUUUGAUAAGUAAUGUCAUGUCCGAGGAAGAACGUCUUUCGGAGCGGCGCACUUUUCGAUCUCUUUGUCUUGAUACCUUCUGAAAGUUCCAAGUUCCGCAACCGAUGUGAAUCUACCUACCGAUUUAAUGUCGAGCAAAAGAAAGCAUGUUAUAACGUUGAAGCUAUAUUAGUACUACGAUAUUAAAUGUGACGCUAAAUCCCGGGAUUACUUCGGCAUGUAGCCGCAGCCAGCUCUUUUAAGUAACUUAAACUCGUUGCCACAAAUUCUUCCGAGACUGGGAGCAAUGUGUGACAGGAAGACGCAUAUUUUAUACAAUGUUUACAUACCGGAAACAUCCAGUUCUUGCCUGUAACGUAAGUCACUUAAAAGGGAGGCUACCAUGUCGAAGAAAUGGCCCGUUUGUCUCAUCAGAGCUUGAUCACAAAGUGUCGUGACACAUUCAAUCCCGUGUCUGUUGUCAGAAGUAAUUAAAGAAUUAUGUCCUAUUCAUAAUUUGCACCGGUUGCACGUUCAUUGAAUUCCUUAGCUACGUCCACCUUAAGUUUCUCUACAGAAACUUACUUGACCGAUUAAAGUACUUUGAGUACCAUGCAAAACCAUUCUUUUUUUUUUUUAAUAAUGAAAAACGACUAUUUUUGUAAGGACAAUUUAAAUCGCUGCUUUGCUGAAACCUGAAGAGCCCUGAAGUAUUUAUAUCGGGCAAUUUCAGAUAAUGAAUUGUCGUUAAAUAGUCGUUUCCUGCUGUAAUUGCUGUUUUGCAUUGUUCUCGGCAUGGUUUAACAAACGAUCUCUCGGACGUUAGAAUUUAUCCUAAGUAAACUGACUUGAUCAAAACCUGAUGAGAACAACCUAUGCUUGAGCAACUUGUUAGAAACGUUAAACAAAUAUAUAUGUUAAUAUGGAACAGUCAUACAUAAUAUAGCGAAUAUAUUUGUGUAUAUAUAUAAAUAUAUUGCGUAGAGGUAGCAUGAGAAAUUAAUAUAUAUUGUUACGGUUAAGCUAAUCGAGUAAGCAAAGGCAAUUUAGCGGGAGAGAGACCCACCGUAAUCCAUCAGUUCUAUAAUCGGAUACACUUGCAGUAUUGUACACAUUAUUCAGAAUGCACAUUACUAUUAUAAUGGCAAGGGUAUGUAGACGUUGCUUUGGUUUGCUUAUACGUCAAUCGUUGACCGCCUCAAAAAGGAAAUCUUGUGAGCGAGCCAGACUCGCAGGUGUUGUAUACUUGAUAACAUUAUAACUGUAUGUAAAUUGUAACUAUUAAACAGUUAACUUAA